AUGUCAAACAGCACCUUCUUCCAAGAGAAGGAUGUCUGGCCCAUGAUGGACUCAUCGGACCCGCUUGCCGGCUGGUCUCUUCCUGAUGUCCUCGACUCGCAGCGGGGCCCGGCGAGGAAGGAUGCGUAUGGCGCCCUCUACGAGUACAUCUUCAACCGUGGUCGGGAGUUCCAUGGCCAGCUCGCUUUUCGCAAGAUUUCCUUCGAGCUUUGCUGCACGGAUGUCCGCCUACUAAAGGACAUGAUUCCGAACAAGAAAUUCGACCGCAUCGAGGCUUCCAACAUCUGCGACACUGGCUAUCUUGGAAUCGAGAGCACCCUUGAUGCCGUCAGCCCAAUGCUCAAGACCCCCGAGGUCAAUGACAAGGCUACCAUCCUGAUGGUCUUCCUCAAUGCGGUUGAAGAGGUUGUCAUGUCUCUGGGACCGACUUCGGAUGACGAAAAGGUCUUCGAAAAGGUCAUGGAGUAUAUGGACAAGCCGGCCCAGUUCAGUUCGCUUGCGCCUUUUACUUCCAUGAUGGCAGCGGUGUCCUUGAGGGACGAGGCCCUGAACUUCACCAUCCGCUCCAUGGCGGCGAAGGAUACAGCGAGAGACAUAGACAUGAUCUUCGACGCCUACAUGAAGAGAUUCCGCUUCGACGACGUUGGUGUCACUCGAGGCGUGCAGAUGAAGGAGAAGAAUACCAUCGUGGAGAAGUGGCCAAUGCGUUUUUACUUCAACGGCCCGACGGCGAAGGCCAAGAAGGAGUUCGCCCGGCUGCUCUCGUCGCACCACAUCGGCCACGAACGCUACGUCGAGUGGAAGGCCAUGCGGAAGUUCGUCAUUGAGGAGAGCCUCUGA